CUCAGUUUUCCCACACGGAGGCGGCGUAGCUCCACUCUCUCUUCACAGACCUCCGUGAAGAAGGCACAAUGGCCGCCACCAUGAAGGGAUCUGUCGCUGUUGACGAUGUGAAUGUCACAUUUGAGGACCAGCAAAAAAUCAACAAAUUUGCCCGAAAUACGAAUCGAAUGACAGAACUAAAGAAUGAAAUAGAGGGAAAAAAGAAGUCUCUCCAGAACCUGCAGGAUGCGGCGGACGACCUGAUGAUGCUGGACGAUGACUCUCUCCUGGUGCCUUUUCAGAUUGGAGACGUCUUCAUUAGCCACUCGCAGGAGGAAACGCAGGAGAUGUUGGAGGCUGCAAAGGAGACUCUGGAGCAGGAGGUCAAAUGUCUCGAAGAGCGCGUCUUGUCCAUUCAGCAGCUUCUGGGGGAUCUGAAGGUUCAACUUUACGCCAAAUUCGGAAACAACAUUAACCUGGAGGCAGACGAGAGCUGAGCGGAAACAUGACCUCAAAUUGGACACUUUGUUUGACCCUUGACCUGGUUCUCGCAUCAUAUCCCCCAUGGACCUGCUGAUUUAAACCCCUCCAUCUUUGCAUGUAAUGAUGCCUGUUAGAAUAUUGUGUUUUCCAGGCCGUUUUGGAUCGUUCACAAGGACAGUAGCAGAAACUAGCAUAAAAAUAAAUGCGUUUUUGUUCUAACCCUAA